AUGGCUCCAAACACGCACGCUCAUGAGCACGAGGAGCUGGACGAAGCCCGUAGCUGGGCCGGCGAUUUUGACCCAUUGGGAGACGCCUCUGAGCGGAAGGUCCUCUUCUCGGCAUUCGAUUCAUUUAGACAGUACCGACGGAGUGCCCAUUUGACUACUACACAUCGGCGGCGCCAGGCAUUCUACGCCUUGCCAAAGGAACAUUGGCAGAUGCUAUCAGAGCCGCCGUUCUCACUCCUAGACAAUUUUAACAAGGUCGAUGAUGCCAUCGAUGUGAAUGCGGACCUCGCCGACGCUAUUGUCGAGACGGGGCUCUCGUCAUUCGGUCUCCCUGCGAAUCCAGACCAGACAGAUCCGUCUCAAAACUGGCAUGGAAUUGCAACAGCUGCCGAUGUCAACAAGGCUCACUCUACGAUCAGACAAUUUUACCGGGAUUGGAGUGCAGAGGGCCAAGCCGAGAGGGAUGUGUGCUACGGGCCCGUUCUGGAAGACCUAGAUCAAGAGUUCCCCGAUAAACUGGACCGGGAUGAAUAUCUCAGAGUCCUCGUUCCCGGUGCGGGACUGGGAAGACUCGUCUUUGAGAUAUGUCGGGCCGGGUUCGCUGCUGAAGGGAAUGAGAUCUCCUAUCACCAGUUACUGGCGAGCAGCUGGAUUUUGAACCACACUGCCGGCCCGCAGGCUCACGAGUUGUACCCGUUUGCUUUACAUUUUUCGAACAUACUAUCAAGGGAGCAGCAGCUGCGCAAAGUUAUGAUCCCGGACGUUCAUCCUGGUGCUGCGAUGCUGGAGGCCCAGUCUACUACGGAGACACCCUUUGGUACGAUGAGUAUGUCGGCGGCCGACUUUGUGGUUCUAUAUAGCAACCCGUCUCAGAAGGAUGCGUUUGAUGCAGUUGCUACGGUUUUUUUCAUCGAUACUGCCCCGAAUCUUAUCCGAUACGUCCAAGCGAUUCGGAACUGCCUCAAAUCUGGCGGGAUCUGGAUCAACGUUGGACCCUUGCUAUGGCACUUUGAGGACAGUCGUCAGCGUACCCACAGCGGGAACGACGACCACGAGGGCGAACAUGACCAGGGAAUUGGGGAGCCUGGGGGUGUAGAACUGACCGAGGAAGAAGUGUUCCUUCUUAUUGAACGCAUGGGGUUCAGAAUUGAGAAGCGCCAGUCUCCAGAGGAGCGGCCGGAUUGCGGCUAUAUACAAGACCCCGACAGCAUGCUCCGUCCCCUAUAUCGGCCAUCACACUGGCUCGCACGAAAGAGCUAG